UGUUGGCUGAUGGACGGCUCUUGCGGGUGUUAAAAAUAUAUAUAAAAAAAUCUCUUUGUUUAAUAACUCCCUCCCCAUCCUUCCAAAAGCCCAGAUGGCUUCGCCCCGCCGGAUUCCCCGCAGCCCGGCCAGCCCCGCUGCACACACAGCCCACGCAGCCAGCUCCGGUGCGGGUUUAAUUUUAAUCCCAGGUCCUGCUUUGCCGACAUGCAUCAUUCCUGCCAUGGAGAAUGGCAUGGCUUGGCAUGGGGACCAAGAACAGAGCAGCAGCCAGUCCCACGUCAUGGGCUGUGUGCCACCAACGCCGCGGCACUGUCUGUUGUGCCACCAGCCCCACGGCUGUGGUGGGAGCGGGGCUGGGAGCAAUGCCGGGAUCCUUCUCAUCCCGGGGGUGCUGCCGGCUCUCCCGCAAAGCACUUUCAGCUCUAAACCCAAAACUUUGAUCCGUCGGUAGCACCAUCAAUGUUUAAUGCAGCAAAGCCCUGGUAGGACGCCGAAGAUGAGCAUUUUGAGGCCAAAUUGAAGUUUCUAAUAUUAUGAUAUUCAAAUAAUUUUAAUCUGCCUGAUGCUUCCCCAGGCACGUACCUGGACUGCUAAUGAGGGUCUGCCUUCAGCUGCUGUUGCUUUUGACAGAAAACAAACAAUUCUUUGCAGGUGCCAUCAAAAGAAUGGGAAUGGAGAGGUCUGGGGAGGAAAAUGGGGGCGAGCGUGCGUGGAGCCAACAUGUUAUGGCUGGGAGAGAAGGAUUUCGUGUUUGCUUUGGCUCCCUGGGGAACAGCAUUGCUCCCUAAUUCUUUUUUAAGUGUUGGUUUGUGCUCGGUGAAAAAUGAGUCUGGCACAGAUGGAUGAUGGGAUUUUGGGAAACUUCUGUCCCAGAGUACAGGGGUUGAAAAGGGUGUUGUGGGUGCAGAGUCUAGCACCCAUCAAUUGCAUCGGAUCCUUGCCCAGCCUUGGCCAAAGUUCCUUGUUCCCCGUUUCCCCCAUGUGCCACGCGGAUCUGAGCUGGGGCAGAUUCCACAGCCUGUGCCAGGCAGUUCCCCAAGCCCCCAUUUCCCCCUCCCCAUGACAUUGCCAGCCCUGAGUUUUCCCAUCCAUCCACCCAGCCCGCGCAGGGAAAAUUUCAUUUUUACUGAGCUCUCCUGACCCACGCCGGCUGCUUAUGGAAAUGGAUUUCUUGCUGCCACAAGCAUUGCCUCCAUUCAGUAUAAACCCAGAUGGAGAGGACAUGGCAAGGAUGAUGGACACCUUGGCACAGGACUGGGGGGAGCCCCCAAAAAUUCACAUUAAGGCAAGCUGAGGUCCUGCAGCUUCUUUUUGGGCUUUGGGGAUGCAGACCUCCCUGAUGCCUGGGUUAAUCCCUGGUUGGAGUCACCUGCAGAACAUAAGCAAUGGCUUGAGGGGUCCCACAGAGCCUGGGGAUGGUGAUUUGCAAAGGUCUCAACAUCUCUGUAACCUCACAAGCGAGGCUUUCCAUCCAUUCUAUUACCACACUGCUAACGGGAGAGGAGUUCAUUUUUACCAUUUAACGUUUCAUGGAUAAUUAAUUAUUCUUCAUCUUUCCAGCAAAAAAGGAAGAGCAAGUCGAGGGGCUAUUCAAAGCGAAAAAAAGUCAGCUGAAACCCAGGGAAAUUGCUGAAUUAUUUGUAACAUCAAAGGCGAGGGAGGAUGCGCUGAUUUAACGGGGCCGUGUGCGAUGCAGAGCCCUGGGCAUCGUGGUGAUGCUGAGACUGGGAUGCACUCAUUGCAGCAGUGCUCAUGGGCAGAGGGGUGGAGGAGGGGUCUGGGGGGCACCCCAGCCUCUGCCCGUGCUGCCCAUCCUCCUCCUCUCACCUCCCCAUCGCUGUGAGCUGCCUGUUCUGCCUUUGCACAAUGUUGGGGUGUCCCUGUGACCUGGUGGGAGCAUCCAGUGCUCCCCAGUGCUUCAUUCAUCACCACAGACAAGUGGGGAAAUAAAUAACGAUAUUUAACAUUUCGUAAUAACAACGAUUAACCGGUAAAUAAUGCCUUUUACACCGCAGAAGCCAGAGUAAAUUAAUUUCCCUAAUUAGCUGUCAGGCAGCACAGGGCAGUGGCAGCAGUGGGCAAAAACUGCCACUCUGAGGCAUUGUCCCCAAAUCCCAGCCACACCCCAAAAUUUUAUAGAUUUGCAAAAUCCACCAUGCUGCAUCCUGGCAGCUCUGGUGAGCCCUAAAUCACCCCUAUCUCCUGUUAAAAAAAGACAACAAAAGAUGGCAACAAAAUGGUUUAUGGCUGUAAUAAAUUGUGCUGGAGGAAAAAAAAAAGCCCUGUUUGCCUGGAAGCAAGGAGGGGUUUCCCAUUGGCACACAAAUGGAAGCCCUGUCCACCACUGCCGGAACCAGCAGUGACCAGUGGAAAUGGGGAUUUAUUUGGAAUAGUUUUCCUUCCCAUAUAUGUGAUCUGUUCACUCUGAUCAGCUGAACUGCCUGCCCUCCUGGCACCAGGUGUUGGUGUUGUUGGGGGAAAGAGAAUAUUUGUGCAUGGUCAGCCCCAAGAGGCAGGAAGAAUGUGACCCCUGUGUGCCCCUGUGUCCCCACAGAGCUGGAGGGUGGCCAAAGCUCCACCACCCGCUCGGCUUGGCUGGACUCUGCCCCGUUCCUCCCCCUGGCUCUCCUCCCAGCAGCCACAGAGACAGGAGCAGGGACAGGACAGCCAUGGCUGCCCCAAGCCAGCCCCAGAAGUCCACCUACGAUGUCAUUGUCAUUGGGGCCGGCAUCCAGGGCUCUUUCACUGCCUACCACCUGGCCCAGCGCCACAAGGACACUCUGCUGCUGGAGCAGUUCCUCCUGCCCCACUCCCGGGGCAGCUCUCACGGGCAGAGCCGCAUCAUCCGCAGCGCCUAUGCCCAGGAGUACUACUCCCGCAUGAUGCCCGAGAGCUUCCGCCUCUGGCGGCAGCUGGAGGCCGAGACCGGCACCACCCUGUACAGGCAGACGGGACUGGUGCUGCUGGGGCCGCCGGGAGAGCCGGAGCUGGAGGCCUGCAGGAGGAACCUGGGUGUUGAUGAGGUCCUCGACGCCGCGGCGCUGGCUCAGCGCUUCCCUGGCUUCCGGCUGCAAGCUGGCCAGGUGGCCGUGGUGGACACCACUGCCGGGGUGCUCUUCGCUGACCGGGCACUGCGGACAGUGCAGGAGGUUUUUCGCCGCCAUGGGGGCACCCUGCGGGAUGGGCAGAAGGUGCUGCACAUCGAACCUGGGCCCAUGGUCACUGUCACCACCACUGCUGGGGUGUACAAAGCCCCUCGGCUCAUCAUCACGGCUGGAGCCUGGACCGGUGCCUUUGUGGAAAAACUGGGUCUGCGCCUGCCGCUGCAGCCCCUGCGCAUCGAUGUCUGCUACUGGAGGGAGAAGCAACCUGGGAGUGCCAGCUUGGGCAGUGUCAGUCCCUGCUUCCUGACCCUGGGGCUGAGCCAAGCCCCCCACGGCAUCUACGGGCUGCCCUCCAUUGAGUACCCAGGUCUGAUGAAGGUGAGCCACCACCACGGCAGCCCCAUUGACCCAGAGAAGCGGGAUCAGACCUCCUCAAGUACCCCCGGCCCUGACAUUGCCAUCCUGAGCAGCUUCAUCAACAGCUAUCUACCCGGGCUGGAGACCCAGCCAGCACUGAGGGAGACCUGCCUCUACACGAAUACUCCAGAUGAAGAUUUCAUCCUGGACCGGCAUCCCAAGUUCAGCAACAUUGUCAUCGGUGCCGGUUUCUCAGGCCAUGGGUUCAAGCUGGCGCCGGUGGUGGGGAAGUUGCUGUGUGAACUGAGCCUGGGAGAGGAGCCAUCCUACAACAUGGCCCACUUCACCAUCACUCGUUUCCCUGGAGUGCUUCGGGCUGCACUGUAGGUGUGGGGCUCCAGAUGGCAUUGCACUGGCCUGCAGCUGUGUCCCUGCAUCCCAGCGUCCUCACACCCAGUACACCUCCAUCCCCACGUGUCUCCAUCUCCCUGCACCCCGGUUACACGCUGUACUCCUCCAACCCCACACCCCCAGAUAUCCUGCGUCCCCAUGUCCCCAUAUUCCACCAUCCCAGCAUUUCUGCAUCCUUAUUCCCCACAUCCCUGCAUCCUGGUACCCUGCCUCCCCACAUCCCAGCAUCUCCCGUGCCAUGAAGUGCCAAGCCAUCUCUACCAAGAACCCACUCCUGGGGAACAAAUUAAGAAGCUUUGUCAGCCUCAUGAAGAUGGAGCUGGAGCAGCGCAGAGAGACACACUCGCUUAGGAGUCAAGUUAAAUGUUUUAAUGUUAAAUGUGCCAUUUUAUUAUCAUUAGAUCGCUCCCACUUAAUGAAAGCGCAUUAGCGCAGCGUGGCUUUAUGGCAGCGA